AUGUCUCAAGAUAUGAUCGAGGUGGAAGGAAGCGGGGGGAUGGAGGGAUCUAUGGUGGAGGAUGAGGCGAUUCUGUUGCUUGCUUCCCUGGCCGGGAACAAGUGCAAGAGAAGUUCUGAGGGCUGUGUCAAGACAGAAACUCAAGGCACAGACGACAGCGCAAGGAAGAACCAAGCCGUGAAAAGGAAGAGAAAUGCAGAAACAGCCGCACGCGGAGCCAUUCGUAAGAAUAGAAAUCGAGUUGAAGAGGUUGUGGCGCAGGUCAAAAGUUCCUCAGAGAGUGGGGAGGAGGAGAACACAGUUAUCUUCCAGUACCUCACUCCUUCGGACCUGCGCUUGACACCAGAAGCUCUUGUUGCUACCAAGGUCUCCCACUUCCGCUGCAACGUGAAUGGAUGCCGGCGUGAUUAUCGUAGCCAUACAGCGCUAGCAAGACACAGGAAGGACAAGCACAGCGAGUGGGGGAAGCAUCAAGCGCACAGCGCGAAUGAAGAUUGUUCUCUGCAGGCAGACUGCAAGGACGGUCAUUGCGGUGCUGAGCAUCCGUGCACUAGUGAUUCAGACUGUGAGGAGACGGGAGGUUCCGGCGCAAUCCCGCACUGCCAUGAAGGCAUGGAAUGGCCGCCUGACCGCAAUCGAGUCUUCACGUGCCCUGAACCUUCUUGUGGUCAUUCAGCUGGUCAAGUUCAGUCCUUGAGGUAUCACUACCUGCGAUCUCACGGCGACCAAGAUCGAUUUCGCUGUGAUAGCUGUGGAAAAACUUUUGCGAUGAAAACAGACUUGAAUCGACACUGCGGGAAGCUGCUUAGGACGGCAGAGGGUCUGGAGACACACAAAAGAAUCUUCCAUCGGCAGGACGGUUUGCGAUCAGAGCAACACCAACAGGACAGACAUGAGGAGGAAGACGAAGGACCCAAAUCAGCAACACGGGUGCAUUCUCACGCUCACCCCCACCACACGCAUACAGCAUCAAGCGCCUGUGCUGACAAGGAGUCGAGCAAGAGGAGCAGGCGAGUAGCGUACUGCUCAUAUGCAGACAAGGAGGAGGACGAGUCGGAUGGAGAGGGCGAAAUUCUUGCAGAUCAUAUCCGUUUCCUGAUGCCCUCGGACUUUGUGAUAUCUGAAGAUCAGCUCUUCUCUACCGCCAGCGAAGGAAUCUUCACGUGCGGGUGGAAGGGCUGUCAAGCUCGAUUGAAGAGCAUCGCUAUGCUUGCGAACCAUCGCAAGGAGCACAGGGAUUGGAUCCCUUACAACCCUCGCAAGCACGUCGGAGAGAAUGCGACAUGCCCCUGCAGAGACUCUUCUUCUCCUCUCAGUCACACAGAGGACGAGAAGCAUGUCUGCCGGCAUUCUCAUGCCAAGGAGGGGCAGGAGGAGGAGGAGGCAUGGCUCUCGUCGCGUCAAUGCAGGUUCAUGUGCACGCGAGUAGAGGAAGGAUGCAGCGCGUCUUUCGAGGAUCUUCCUCAGCUGAGUAAGUGGCGGAGGCGAAAUGUGCAGGCGAAGCUCCAGGGAAGAAAGAAAUGUGCGCAUUCCGAGGUUGAGAACUUGCGCUUGGCCUUUGAGGCUCUUGAUCCCAUGGGGACCGGCAGCAUUGACAUCGAGGCGUUCGUGCAGCAGUCAGGCAUGGGAGGAGAAGACAAGGAGAGGAGGAGGGUCGCUGAAGGAUUCUUGCACAAGUGUAACAAUGCUGGUGUUUCAAAUCCGAUUACAUUCCCCAAGCUCGUGAAGGUUCUGUACCCUCACCUCGCUCAUCUCUACAAGACCCACGAGCUUCCUCCGGCGACAGCUAUGAGGAUCAAAGAGAGAGAAGAAGCUGGUGAGGAAGAGGAAGAAGAGGAGGGAGAGAUGAGAAAGAGGAAGAAGAGGUGGGAGUUGGAGGAUCGAGAAAUUGGGACAGGCAGGAAUGACGGAUCAGAUGGGCAAGAUGACAAGGUAGCAGGGAAACUCCCGACGCUUGAAUCUCAACUGAAGAAGAAACAUGUCAACGAGAUCCAGGAGCUCUUCGACCUUCUCGACAGCGAGCGGUCGGGAAGCGUCAGCUUCGAGGUGAUGGAGAAACACUUCGCCUCCAAUGGACUCUUCAAACCGAACGUAGGAGGAGGAGGAGGAGGAGGAGGAGGAGGAGGAGGAGGAGGAGGAGGGGGAGUAGGAGAAGGUGGUGGUGGUGGUGGUGGUGGUGGUGGUGGUGACGUGUCACAGGAGCUCAUCGAGAUGAUGCAAGCUAUCGUUGACAAGCACGCUGCUGCACAUGGAGGUUCAUCGGAGAGGAAGCUAACGAUGGAACAAUUCAUGAUGUUCGUGAAAGAAUUCUAUCCAGCUGGAAGAACUUUGAAGCUCGAGGCCUUCAUUCGGUACUCGAAAGAGAUGAUGGAGAUGCAGAGCAAUCAGAUGAAGAAGAAGAAACAGGUGUCUCUGUCGCCAGGCACGUGA